AUGAGACUUUGUAUUCCUAUUAUCGGACAAAGGUUGUGAUGCUCUUUCUUUCGCUUUUUGUUUUACCUUCGUCAUGCGAUAAGUUUAAUUACAUAAUGUGACGGCGUAUGCUAUACUGGAAUAAUGUUGGAUAAUCUUUUGAUAUAUGCCCAGUCUCUUAUGUGGUGGGAGUAUUUGUCAAUGCCCUGCUGUGAAUAAAGUUUUAAGGUUUCAAAGCGGGCAGCAUCACAACAAACAUGGCGUCAGGAGGCGCUUAGCCGAGAAGAAGCUCUAGAAAUCCUCGAAAAAGCCUUUUAAUUGUUUCUUUUUUACUUGAUACCUUCUCAUAUCGGCUCGCCUCGAUCUCAGCAUGGAGUCCUCUCCGUUUCCAGAGGAGGUUUUGGAGAGGAAAGUGUGUGUUGUCGGGUCGGAGCUGGUCGAGAACUACACAGUGUACAUCAUCGAUGUGACGGAUGGAGAGCACAAGUGGACGGUGAAACAUCGAUACAGUGACUUCCACGACCUCCAUGAGAAGCUUACAGCAGAGAAGAAAGUGGACAGACGGCUGCUUCCUCCAAAGAAGAUGAUUGGUAAGAACUCAAAGAGUUUGGUGGAGCGGCGGCAGAAAGAGCUGGAGCUCUACCUGCAGACGCUGCUGCAGCAGUUCCCACAAGCCACGCCCACUCCGCUUGCCUUCUUCCUGCACUUUCACCUUUAUGAGAUAAAUGGCAUCACAGCAGCUCUAGCUGAGGAGUUAUUCAACAAAGGUGAGCAGCUGCUCCAAGCUGGUGAGGUGUUUUCCCUCCAUCCUCUGCAGCUUUACUCCGUCACCCAGCAGCUCCGCCUGGCCAAACCCACGUGCUUUAACGGAGACGCCAAAACAGACCUGGGACACAUCCUGGACUUCACCUGCAGGCUGAGAUACCUCAAGGUGUCUGGUACCAGAGGUCCAGUGGGAACCAGUAACAUCGAGGAGAGCAGUCUCCCGUUUGACCUGUCUGUUUUUAAAUCGCUGCUGCAGAUAGAGAUCAGUGAGUGCAGCUCUCAGCAGAUUCAAGGUCUGUCGUGUCUGAGGUCGAGUCUGGCAACUUUGAGUAUACACCACUCCACGGAAACUAUGACGUCGAUCCUGGUUCCUGAGGCGAGCGAGUUCUCCCAGUGGGAGGCAGAGGGGGCGGAGUCUGGAUGUCCUGUCACAGCUGUGAUCCCUGUGUGGAGAAACCUGACCACGCUGGACAUGAGUCACAACGGCAUCAGCUCCAUCGACAGCUCAGUGAAACUCAUUCCUAAGGUGGAGUUUCUGGAUCUGAGUAACAACCAGCUGUCCACAGUGGAAAACCUGCAGCACCUGUACAAUCUGGUCCACGUGGAUCUAUCGUAUAACAGCCUGAAGGUCCUUGAAGCCGCUCACACCCGUCUUGGAAACAUCAAAACUCUCAACCUGGCCGGCAACCAGCUGGACCAGCUGACCGGCCUCACCAAGCUCUACUCUCUGGUCAACCUGGACCUCAGUCACAACCAGCUGGCUCAGUUGGAGGAGAUCAGGAACAUCGGCUCUCUGCCCUGUCUGGAGAAACUCAACCUGUCCAGUAACCCCAUGUGCAUCAUCCCAGACUACAGAACCAAAGUCCUGGCCCAGUUUGGUGACCGUGCAGCAGAGGUUUGUCUGGACGGGAAAGUGACGACGGAGAAGGAGUUGGACACAGUGGAAGUGUUAAAAGCCAUUCAGAAAGCCAAAGAAGUCAAAGAAAGGAAGAGCAGCGGCGACAAGAAGAUCAGUGAGGAGACCAGGCUGGCUGCUCCUGCACCUCCUCACCUCUCCUCUUCCUCCUCUCCUCCCUCCUCCUCUUCCUGCUGCUCCUCUGCUGUCGCUCCUCUUGCUGUCACCUCUUCUUCUUCUUCUUCUUCUUCCUGCUCUUCCUGUCCGGCCCAGCAGGCUGCCUGCCCCAGCCAAGAAAUGACGAGCAGAGAAGAAGCCCCCGUUUCCCCCAGUGCCCCCCCUCCUGUGGACACUGCACCUCCCCCUGCAAGCUUUAACACAAAUACACAACUCCUGUCUGUUGAACCCGAGCAGGUACAACAACCUGCUGUCAGUCUGUCAGAACAAACACAAUGUGGAGAUCCUCCAAGUAAUGCUACAACUACAACAACUUCUUCUAUUUCUGUCUGUUGUGUCUGCUCCUCUUCCUCCUCCACACCAGAAUCAACAUCGUGCCUCACCUGCAGCUCGGCCUGCUGCCCUCUACUUCCUGCUCACCUGGUCUCCCUCUCCUCCUCCAACAAAGACUUCAUCACCCACCUCUCCCAUCUUCUCAGCUCCGCUCUGAAGGAGCAGAAGACGAAGAACAUGGAGGAGGAGGAGGCGGAGACGGAGGAGGAGACGGAGGAGGAGACGGAGCAGGAGAGGGAGGAGGAGAGCUCUGAAACCAGAGAGAUUCAGUCCAAUGUGGAGGGAACUGAGGUGGAAAUUCACAGUCCAGGCUCCAGGGACGGGUACUUUGAGAUGGGUCUGGAUGACUCUGUUGAGGAGUCGGUCUGCUCCUCCUCCACAUCACUAACCGGUCCUUCUGCAGAGGAGUCCAUCCCUCCCCAGGGGGAGCCGUGUGAGGAUGAGGAGGAGGAAGAGGAGGAGGAAGCAGAGGUGAAGGUCAGCAGGGUUCUGUGGUGCUACUGUCUUCAGGUGAAGGAGGAGGUGGAGCAGAAGAAGGCGUGUCUGGUGCUAAGCGAUCAUCUGUUUUGCCUGCUGUACCUCAAAGAUGAUUUCACUUGGGCCAAUCAGGACGCAGACCAGGAGCAGGGUUCGCCUGUGGAGGAGGUGCUGUCCGGCCUGGAGGUGGACCUCCUGCUGCCAUACUCCCAGCUCCUGCUCUCCUCCCACGCAGAGCUCCCCGACUCCUGCCUCACAUUGGGUUGCCAAGCCAGUCCAUCCCGUUGGUACAUCUUCUCUGAGUAUGAGGAGCUCCGACGGACCAGGAGUGAGCUGACAGGACUGAUACAGGCAGCAGGUUCUGACCUUGAGCCCCCCAACAGUCCUCAGCUCCUCCCCCGCUCGCUCAUCAACUCCUGGGAGCUGGAGGAGAGUCAGGGAGCCAAAGGAGGCUAUCCUGCCCACCUCCUUCCCUCCCCCUACUCCUCCUCCUCUCCUACAGACCGCCACCAUCUCCUGUCAGACAUAUUAUCCGCAAACGAGAAGCCCAGCCUCCCCACUCUCCUUUUUCUCACUCACCGACACCUCUGGGUGCUGAAGAUGGACUUCAGAGAGCUGGCAGAAAGAGAGCGAGAGAGCAAAGGUGAUCUUCAUCAACCCUCUUCCUCCUGCUGCAGUCUGGUGCGGGUGCCCCUCGGCUCUGUGGUGCUUCACCCCAGAGAGCGAGCUUCUCAGGUCACGGUCAGAAACAGCUACACUUCCUGUCAGGACCCCAAACACCAGCACAGGAGCAGUCACUGUGUGGAGGUGUUGCUGGGUGGUGAGAUGCUGCUGUUGCUCUUCCCUUUGGCCCGGGACAGAAGCUCAUUCCUGGGGGAGUUGAGCCAGCAGAGAGCCUCUCUGGAGGGGCUGAAGAUGGUUGCGCUGCCUCAACCCUGCAUGCCCUGCCUACACCAAGAACAAAACACUCCAGGCCAUUACAGAUCCAGGGACCAGUGCUGUUGUUCCAGUAACAUCAAAUCCCAAAGCACCGGCAGCUGGGACUCCUCCCACCCUCAGUUGGAGGAGAACCAACCUUCACCCCACCUCCUGCCAGGUCUCUCCCCAGGAUUGAAGCUCCUGUCUGGGCUCCAAGGACAGCAACUGCUGGCUUACUUCCACAGAUAUAUAGCGAUGUCCAAGGCUGAGGAGGUGAGACAGGUCCUGUGGCUGUCUGUGGUUCUGUACAAGUCUCCUGAUUCUGAGCUCACCUGCUGUCUGCUGCUCUCCACGGACACAAUCUACUUCCUGUUAGAAGACUCCGCCUCCACGCUCGGCCAUAACUCAGUGUUGGACACGAUGGACUCUGGAGAUCCCGACGUCUCUCUGUGCUGCUGCCUGUCCGUCAGACUGUCUGAUCUUCUGUCUGUUAACGUGGGACUGUUCGACCAGUACUUCAGAGUCGUCGGACGUUCAGCCGAUCACAUCGUGUGCUGUCUCAGCAGGGACAGUUACGGGACCGGUCUUUUUCUUCAGGAGCUGAUGUCAGCUCUCAGUCUGCAGCAGCAGCUUCCUCCUCCAGAGCCGUCGGAUCAGGACUUCUACUCCCAGUUCACCAACACAAACACAGGUAAGAUGCAGAACUACGAGCUGGUCCACAGCAGCAGGGUGAAGUUUAUUUAUCCCAGCGAGGAGGAGAUGGGCGACCUGACCUUCAUCGUGGCAGAGAGGAAGACUUCAGCCAGCGCGGCAUCCUCGUCCUCACGCUCAUUCAACGUCCUGCUGUACCUGCUGGUCUUCCAGGUGCAGAUCCCUAGCAGUCUGCCCAGUCAAGGCUCCACUCUGUCAGGUCACUCCCCUCCAUCUCCGGUCCUCCAGCCCAGGACUCUGAUCCUGACCAGCACCGACGUCUUUCUAUUGGACGAGGACUACGUCAGCUAUCCUCUGCCCGACUUUGCCAAAGAACCGCCCUCCAGGGAGCGGUACCAGCUGCGUGAAGCUCGGAGGAUCAGGGACUUGGACCGGGUCCUGCUCGGGUACCAGACCUACCCUCAGGCUCUGACUCUGGUGUUCGAUGACCUGCCGGGCCCUGACCUGCUCUGCCACCUCACCAUGGACCACUUCACAGCUGGAGGGGAGGAGGCCUCACCCAGAGGGGGAGGAGCCAGCGGGGGCGCAGAGGGCGAGGUCCAGUGGUGCGUGUUUGUCCCGGGAGCUGACAGCAGAGAGAGGCUGAUCUCACUCCUCGCUCGCCAGUGGGAGGCGCUGUGCAGCAGGGAGCUUCCUGUUGAGCUCACCGGGUGAUCGGCCGUGUGGACAGACGGGUGACUGUUCAGCGUCUCGUUGGUCAUCAGGAGCUGGAGGGUGGAGUCAGCGUGUCACAGGGAAUUACACACAAAUUCAGGUCUUGAUUAAGCGCUUUAAAGGCCUCAAUAUGCUUCAAACAGCCCUGGGCAAAGUUCUGUCUGACUACAAACGACGGCAAAGCACUAAAAGUCACAGCGAGGAGAAGAUGUGAUGAAUCAUCGUUAUGGGGAUAACGGAGCAAACUUUCAGUUUCUCCUUGUAGGCAUUAAGAUGUAGAAAGUGGUGUUUAAAAAAAGAGAGCGCUUAAGAUAGAAGUUAAAUCCUGUUUACUUGACACACUACUUGAUUUAAUCCCCUGACUUUGAUGUUUUGCACAUUAUGAAGAAGAGGGGUGGUUUUAUUUCAACGUCUCAUUAUGUUCAAAAGUCAAGCAACGAUGCACUUCACUCCCAUGGCCUCGGAUGUGUCUGCUUGGCAUCUUUUAUUUAAAUGAGAUCCUCAGCUGCAGAGUAACCUGUGGAGGAUCUGGUACAUGCUAUCCAACGACAUGCGCCGUUUCUUUUUCUUUAUCAUUGUGUAUGUUUGUAACUCAAAGUGCAGUCAGAAACCCGUCACAGCAAGCUCCAGGCCUCAUCCCACCGCCUUCUCUCUCUUUCUCCAACAACAGUGGAGGCAGUGAAAGAAGGAGCAUCAGGAUUGGCUCUGAUGUCGCCCAAACUGAGAGAUCUGACACCAGACGAUUACAUCUAUUUGUGUUUAAAAAAAAAAAAAAAGGGCAGUUCUUAAAAGGAAGCCCACUCAGGAAGUUGCACUGUGCGUCAACCGUGGAGGUAUUAUUUCAGCCUCUGGAAACCACUGCUUAAGCAUGGCAAAGUAUAGAAUUUAACUUCAGUAAUUUUAUAUGUGAAAAUAGCAAAUACCAAUACAUUGGUAGCCGCUAGUGUGACGUUGUAAUUGUCAGAAUAUUGGUUUUUACCCUGGAAAUACAAUCUGUAAAAGAUCUACCGGUAUAUGUCAAUAUGCAAGGUGUCAGUGUCAACACUCCUGUUGCCGUUUAGAAUUAGAGGUUAAAACAAUCAAAGUCUUUUAAUAUUUCUUACAUGUACUAUUGGGUUGUCGUCAGUAUUUCUAAAUAUUAAAUUUUAGGCAUUAUAGGAAGGAAAAAAUGGCGUCUAAACAACUCUUCUGAGAGUAAGGAGUGAAGAGAAGUGACUGGCCCUCCUACUCUGCUUUUGGUCGAUGUGGAUGGAGGUUGUUUCAAGUGCUGUCAGACGACCGAAGAAGCACUUGGUUUGAAGCAUACUGUGGCCUUUAGUCUUAACUCUUGGAAACAUGAAGGGAUUUAGCACUUGGUACACACAGUUUGGCGUCAGCUUCAGAGAAAAAAACUGAGAGUGAGAAGGACUCAACGGACACUACAGACUGAGAGAGGAGCCUGUGGCCUCACAUGGAGCCUAAACAGUGGGAGUCAUUCCUAGAAAAACCACGAGUAUCUCCACAAAGAAGAUUUACUUAUCGUUUGGUGACAGACAGACAGACUUGUGUUGCACAGCAGGGGGCGCUGCAGACAGUCCACAGGAGUUCUACUAGAUUUUAAUCAAUGUUAACCUUAAUGGAACAGUUUUCAUUUCUGGUGAAUCCUCUUGUCCUCUUUCCUCUCCAAAAUCAGAUUUGAAUCAAAUUUUCAUCUGUUUGUCCAGUGCAAAGAGAGGUCGUGUGAACCUAGCUUAGCACAAAGACUUCAAGUCAGGGGAAACUGCUAGCGUAGCUUCAGAAAGAGAGAUUUAAAAAAAAAAAAAAAAAAAAAUCCCAUUUCAUUAACUCCAAAGCUGUUUGAUUUUCAUGUUGCUAUUUAUGUAAAUUUGCUCUUAAAACCAAAAAUCACUUUUUUAAAAUAUUUUUUUACAUUUUUUUGUGCAGUCUGACUUCAGAGGUGACAAGAGGAUGAUCCUAAAUGUUGGACUGUAGUUUUAAAUAGCACACACACACACACACACACACACACACACACACAUAAAAGCUGCUGCUCGGCACAAUCUGCUCUCUCAACAUUUUAUUCCUUGCACAUCAUAGCGGAUGAGGCAGUGUUAUUAAACUGUAUAUUAUUAUAAAUAUGAUAUUAAUAUAAGUGGUUGCUUUGGGACAGAUGUUUUCUAUCAUGAUGCAGACUUUGUACUAAACAUGAAGAUCCUGUUCAUACUCCCAACAUGAACUCUCAAAUGUCACAGUUAGUAUUAUCAUUGAGUAUUAUUUUUUAUAUUUUCUUGGUGUUUAUUUUAUUUUAUGUGUUUUUUUUUGUACAAUAAUAUCGACAAAUGGGAGCCCAGCUAAUGUUGGCCCCUCCCACUCUUCACCAGUGUUGUUUACAUUACAUGUUUUUGUCUUAAAGGGGAAUGCCACUUAAUUAAAGUGAAAAAUGAAAGAUC